AUGAUGUUGCGUGUUGAACUCAAGACGCCAGUCACUGGCACCUACAAGCAGCCCACGGGAUUGUAUAUCGGCGGCAAGUGGGUCGAGUCCGUUGACAAGAAGAAGUUCGAGGUCAUCAACCCCGCCACCGAGGAGAUCAUCACCGAGGUCUACGAAGGCAACGAGAAGGAUAUCGAUCUCGCCGUCGUCGCCGCCCGCAAGGCCUUUGAGGGCGAGUGGAAACAGACGUCCCCCAACGCCAGGAGCCGCCUGCUGCUGAAGCUUGCCGACCUCCUCGAGGCGAACACAGACCUGCUGGCUGCUGUCGAGUCGCUCGACAAUGGCAAGUCCAUCAACAUGGCCCGCGGCGACGUCGGUGCCGUCGUCAACUGCAUAAGGUACUAUGGUGGCUGGGCCGACAAGAUCGAGGGCAAGACCCACGACAUCGAUCCGGGCAUGUUCCAUUACUCCAAGGUGGAGCCAGUUGGUGUCUGCGGACAAAUCAUCCCGUGGAACUUCCCCCUGCUCAUGUGGGCAUGGAAGAUUGGUCCCGCCCUGGCGACUGGUAACGUUGUGGUCAUGAAGUCUGCUGAGCAGACGCCCCUCUCCGCCCUGGUGGCCACACAAUUCAUCGACGAGGCUGGCUUCCCUGCGGGUGUCUAUAACCUUGUCUCGGGAUACGGCAAGACAGCCGGUGCAGCCCUCGCCUCGCACAUGGACGUCGACAAGGUGGCCUUUACGGGCUCUACCCCAGUCGGCCGACAGAUCAUGAAGGCUGCCGCUGCCUCCAACCUGAAGAAGGUGACCCUCGAGCUGGGCGGCAAGUCGCCCAACAUCGUCUUUAACGAUGCCGACAUCGAGGAGGCCAUUCACUGGGUCAACUUUGGCAUCUACUUCAACCACGGCCAGUGCUGCUGUGCAGGCUCCCGCAUCUUCGUGCAGGAGGGCAUCUACGACAAGUUCAUCGAAGCCUUCCGGAAGCGCACUGAGGAGAACAAGGUUGGUGACCCAUUCGCCGACGACACUUUCCAGGGUCCCCAGGUCAGCCAGCUCCAGUAUGACCGCAUCAUGGGCUACAUCAAGGCGGGCAAGGAGGAGGGCGCCACAGUGGAGACGGGCGGCGAGCGUCACGGCGACAAGGGCUACUUCAUCAAGCCUACCAUCUUCAGCAACGUCACCCCCAAGAUGAAGAUCGCACAGGAGGAGAUCUUUGGACCCGUGUGCACUAUCUCCAAGUUCAAGACCGAGGAGGAUGCCAUCGAGGCCGCCCAUGACACGUCGUAUGGCCUCGCCGCCGCCGUCCACACCAAGGACCUCAGCACCGCCCUCCGCGUCAGCAACGCCCUCAAGGCCGGCACCGUAUGGGUGAACUGCUACAACCUCCUCCAUCACCAGAUCGGCUUCGGUGGCUACAAGCAAUCUGGCAUUGGGCGUGAGCUUGGAGAGGCUGCUCUGUCGAACUACUUAGAAAGCAAGGCCGUCCAUAUCAAGCUGGCCUAGGAUCAUCCAAGAUGAAAAGAGAAAGAAAUAAUAGGAAAGGAAAAAAAAAAUUGAAAUUGCCAACGGUACUCGGAGUUGGUUAUAAUAUGGCCAUGUAUCUGCUUGCUCGAAACAGCCUCAUCACACAGUUUGGCGUGGUCUUUGUAUACUGUUAGCGUAUUUCCAACCCAACUCACAGGACGAUGAAUGAAUACCACAUAUAUGCAAGGUGUUGAAUAUGACUUUGAGUAGCUUGAG